AUGGGUCAAGGUUAUUCAAUCAACGUCUCUGCCGGCUCGGCUGGUAUUGAUGUCCCUGAACUCGCUGACCUCGAGACCGAGAGAAGUCUGGGUGCUGUGCGGUUCAUGAAAACAAUUCGCGCUAGACACAAAGAUGGACUCGUGAUCGCCAAGGUCUUCAUCAAACCAUAUCCCAACUUGAAACUCGAAGACUAUUCGCGGAAGCUAUUUGUCCAGAGGAGAGAACUCUCAGAUGUUCCGAACAUUUUACCAUACCAUCGGAUUAUCGAGACUGCAACAAAUGGUUACCUCGUCCGCCAAUAUAUUCACAGCUCUCUCUACGACAGGAUUAGCACUAACCCGUCGCUCGAGGAUAUUGAGAGGAAGUGGAUCGCAUACCAGCUNUUGUGUGCAGUCAGNGAGAGCCAUGCGAAGAAUAUCUGCCAUGGAGACAUCAAGACCGAGAACAUGCUUGUGACAACCUGGAAUUGGCUGUACCUGACCGACUUCUCCACUGCGUUCAAGCCUGGUCGAUUACCCGAGAACAACCCAGCAACAUUCUCCAUCUUCUUUGAUACUACAGGCCGUCGCAUCUGUUACGUUGCACCUGAGCGAUUUGUAGACGACGAGGAACUCAGAGAACAUGAGCCAAAUCCGCAGGAUGACCAAUACGAGAGAAAGGCUAGAGAGACAUGGCAUGAAGUUACCUGGCCGAUGGAUAUCUUCAGCGUAGGUUGUGUCAUCGCCGAGCUCUUCACCGAGAAGCCCACCUUCACGCUCAGUCAGCUGUUCAAAUAUCGCAGAGGAGACUACGAUCCGACACACACUACUCUGAACAACAUCAAGGAUGAGAACAUCCGAGAGAUGGUUGCUCACAUGAUUCAACUCGAUCCGGCGAAACGCUACAGCGCUGAGGACUAUCUACAGUUCUGGCGUGGCAAGUGCUUCCCAGACUACUUCUACACGUUCUUGCAUCAAUACAUGCAUCUCAUCACAGACCCAACCUCGGGUAGGAAACCAGUAAUAGUUGGAGCAAAGAAUUCAGGAGGAUCUGAUGACCGUAUAGAGCGUAUCAAUGCCGACUUCGACAAGAUCUCAUACUUCCUAGGGUUUUCCGACGUGGAUAAAAUCGAGAAAUCAACUCGUGCGCCCAUCACCUCAGGUCUGGAUCUGUUUCCACUCCAAGUGGAUUUACCAAACAACAGACACGAUGCGGCAGAUCGUGCUGGAACUGUUCAAGAUAAUGGCGCUCUCCUCUUUCUCAACGUCGUGAUCUCGGCUUUGAGAACAACUGCUCGCGCCAGCUCUAAGAUCAGAGGCUGUGAACUGCUUCUAGCUUUGGGGGAAAGGCUAACGGAUGAAGCAAAGCUCGACCGGGUGCUGCCUUUUGCUAUUGCUCUGCUAGAGGAUGAGUCGGAGAAUGUUCGCAUGGCUGCUCUGAGGACCAUCACCCAGCUUUUGGCCAUCGUCAGUGUGCUGUCACCCAUGAACGUCUUCAUAUUCCCAAACUAUCUGCUGCCUCGGCUCCAGAAGUUCGUUGCAAGUCCUAUGUUCCGCAAGUCAGGACCACUUAGAGCAACGUAUGCAACGUGUCUUGCGAGUCUAGCCACAACAGCUGCUAGGUUCUUGGAUAUGAUGCAAGCAUUACGUGCUGAUGGAUCUCUGCCCUCGACAGAUCCGGAAGCAGAAGACGACAUUACUUCGUACGCUGCUUACCAGAACACCUACGACACCACACGCGAAGAUCUCAUCCAGCACUUUGAAGCGCAGACCAAACUUUUCUUGCAGGACGAUGACCCCUCGGUAAAGAGGGCCUUCCUAGGAUCUGUCACCAGCCUUUGUGUGUUCUUUGGUGAGAACAUCGCAAGCGAUUUGAUCCUCACUCAUUUGAACACAUACCUCAAUGAGGAGGAUUGGACGCUGAAAUGUGCUUUCUUUGAGACUAUAGUUGGUGUCGCUGCCUUCAUUGGCGGGCCAAGUUUGGAAGAUUUUAUACUUCCACUGAUGGUCCAGGCGCUGACUGAUUCAGAAGAGACGGUCACUGAGCAGGUGAUAAGAUCCCUGUCAAGCAUGGCACAUCUUGGACUGUUCCAGCGAUGGACAGCUGUCGAGCUGGUACUUAUUGUAUCACGCUUCACACUACAUCCAAAUGUAUGGAUUCGUGAAGCAGCUGUACAAUUCAUCGAAGCAUCGUCAACCCAUGUUUCUGAUGCAGAUGUCUGGGGUAUGAUCAUGCCACUGAUAGAGCCCGUGUUGAAGAUGCCAUCAGCCGGUCUUUCUGAGUUUGAACUUCUGGAUGCUCUACAGAAACCAUUCCCUCGACCGGCGUAUGAUUUAGCAAAGACCUGGGCAGAAAAGGCCGACAAGAGCGUUUUCUGGAAACACGCACAACAAGGCAAGAACUUCUCGUUCGAAGCAGGCAGCAAUAAAGCUUUGACCGACUUCUAUCAUGAUGGCGUUUCUCGUGUGUUGAGCAAAGCAAUGAAGAAUGACGACGAUGAACAGUGGCUCUCAAAGCUUCGAGUUGCUGGUAUGCGCACUGAAGACGAACCCAAACUUCUCGCGCUCAAAGACUAUAUCUGGCGAACGACCAUGCGUUCCGACAAAGGAAUCACCAAGCAGAAUGACUCUCAGCUCAACCAGAUCGUCUCCCUGAGUGCUAUACAAGUACCACUACAGAAUGUCUUCUUCGAACCAGACACUGUCUCCUACCAAUCAUACCGCCCUCAGAUCGAUACCAUGCAGCCGAGUGUAAAAACAUCGCUCGAGGAAGCUCUACGCGAUGCUGCGACGCCUGCAGACCAGGAUGCUAAGAACCUGUUCAAUCCAGCAAGGGGCAAACCAUAUCCAUCUACCGCCCAGCAAACACCGAACACAGCUGAGACGCCAGAUAGUUCUCGAGCUCAAGCCAUGCCCACGAACGGCAAGGCAUCUAACCAUCGUAAGCAGAUGGCCAGCAUCGACGCUCCUACAUAUCUGUCGACAUCUCCAGCGUCCACUAUGUCUGUUAGAAGCGGACAUAAUCAUGCGCUUCGUUCAAAGUCAAGCGCAAUGAACCUCAUGAAACGCACAGAACAGACAAAGGCAUAUGCAGAAACGGGCACAGACUCGACCACUGCUGUUGGCAAGCUCGACGUGCCUGCGAACCAAACCUCGAUCGUACCACCACCUUCGGGUCAAGCUACCCCUACUGCCCGUCCAGCACGACCUAAGAUUUCCGCAACACACUCUUACCAUGGUGGCGAUCCAACUGUCUUGAGAUUACUAGACUCAGUCUACACUGGGGCCAAUCCCGGCAGUGAUCGCGAGUUUGGCCCCAAGGUUCCGACACGCCCUCGCGCUCGCAUGGCUACCAAGAAUGCCCCUAACCAGCAAGCGCAAGGUUAUUGGAAACCUGAAGGACAGUUGACUGCUGUUCUAGAAGAACAUGAAGCACAAGUCAAUUGCAUCGCUGUCUCUCCAGACCAGGUAUUCUUCCUGACUGGAUCAGAUGAUGGCUCAGUAAGAGUUUGGGACACUAGCCGCUUCGAACGUAACAUGGCGUAUAGGUCGCGUCAAGCCCACAGACAUACUUCUGGAGCCCGAAUUACCAGCAUCUGCUUUGUAGAAUCUACACACAGCUUCAUAUCGACUGCUUCUGAUGGAACUGUCGAUAUUGUCAGGGUAGAUGUGGCUGAAGCUAACGGGUCUCUGCGUUAUGGAAAGCUCCAAGUGCUGCGCAGCUGGGUGAUACCUACCAAGCCCGGGCANAAGGAGUAUGCCAUUGGCGUUGAACACGGAAAGACGGACGGUAGAUCAGUCUGUGUGAUAGUCACCAACCUCUGCCGCAUCUUGUUCAUCGACAUUUACUCGAUGGAAGUGAUGUAUGAGCUCAUCAAUCCAAUACAGCAUGGCACACCCACCACGUUCUGCAUCUCCAGACGAUGGCAGUGGCUUCUGGUGGGCACUUCUCAUGGUGUGCUCGACAUCUGGGAUCUUCGUUUCCGUCUCCGACUUCGUGCUUGGACCGUACCACGCCCAUCGCCCAUCACACGCCUUACACUCCAUCCAAGCAGGAAGGACAGCAAGCGAGUUAAGAUUUGCGUUGCUGGUUUGACGUCUCCAAGUCACGUAUCCGUGUGGGACCUGGAAAAGCUUGUCUGUAUCGAAGUGUACCACGUUGAUCAGACCGAUGGUAGCGAUGUAUUGAAAGCAAGAGACUUUGAGCUUCUCAAUGUCGACGAAGACAAGUCUGGCGCCAUGCCAUCCCGUAUUCUUGGAUCUCUUGCAACAGACCCGCACCUCAGCGCCCGCUCUUCUGAUAAUGGUAAGGACAGAUCAGGUAGAGGCUCGGGCGGUAGUGCAGGCGCUAUCAAGGCGUUUACCAUGUCAAUGCACAUCUCACCCGACAGUUCAGAACCUAGACACCCAUUUCUUGUCACCACGGGACCGGACUGGAAGAUUCGCUUCUGGGACACCGAUCGCAUUACCUCCUCCAUGAUCGUAAACGACAAGGACGACAGACCCACUUACACAGCCUCCAAAUUUGGCAACGACGUAUCUGUCUACACAGAGCAAGGUCUUAGCGAUAGUAUCUCUGAGAAGGAGAAAAGCUCGUCUAGCCCAGCUCCCAAUCGCACAGGGACCACCUCACCCGCGUCAAAUGAUGCAGACAGUGAGCGAGGUGGCACAUCAAAGAAGAAGAAAGAGAGUAAGGUUGCUAGAUAUGAGGUCAUUCGCAAGUCGGCGAAUCAGUUGCUCAAAGGACACAAGGAUACCGUUACAGCUGUAGCUUUGUUGGAGUAUCCUUUCGGCAUGAUUAUUUCUGCCGAUCGCUCUGGUGCUGUGUACAUCUUUAGAUGA